CGUCAGCGAUGUCCUGAGAGUCAAAAUAUGACGCGCGGCGUCUGUCAAAGACACCACCGCGCGUCCUGCAGCGUUCGAUGGACGCGUGAGAUCUCUCCAUCCGUCAUUCGCAUCCGCAGGCUGUGUGAUGAGACACGCCACGAGGCGAGCUCGCCUCGAUCGGUGCCGAGGAGGCAUCCGAAUCACACCGUGCGCGCCGGUUCGAUGCCUGGUGAAAACGACGCAGGUGAGAAAUCCGUCAGCCCGAGCCCGGCGGUUUUCUUGACACGCACGGCGAGCCGAGAGCGGCGAUGAACGAAUUUUUCUUCGCAAGGAAAUGAGGACAUCUCUUUCCCCAAUCGAUCGAAGCUGAGACUAUCAAGGCCACCUCCACGCCGGAGGAUUAUACUUGCCAGUAUUAACUGAUCCUUGCGAAGGGCAUCGCCGCUCCACGCGCGCCGCGUGUUUUGUCCCCCUGCUCGAACUCCUGUUUGUCGUUUCAGCGUUUUGGUCGUUUGGUCGGAGGAGAAGACGAGAUCAUUGGUCCGUGUUUCCUAUUCGCCGGAUUAGACCCCGAGCGGUGCCGAAAUAUCCAAUCAUUCCCGGAUUAGACCCCGUGGAGACCGAUCCUCUCGACCAAGACCCGGACGACGACGCGAGAACGAAUGCCUGGGGACUCGACGGCUUUUGGUUUUGGUUUUUCCGAGUCGAGAUGUUUUGUUCCUCUUGAAAGGCUUCUUCUAGUUGGGCGCCGUAAGCUA